AAACACCCCCCGCCCGGCGGAGGCUCGGCCCCUUCCUCUGACACAGGCGCCGCCGGGGCGAGCCGCGCCGGGAGCCGCGGGGAGCCGGGAGGCUGCGGCCGCGCCGCGCCGGGCCGGGCCGGGCGCCCUCCGCCGCGCUCCGCCCGCCCCAUGGCUCUGCCCGGGGCGCCGGGCGCCGCCCGCCCGCCGCCGCCCUCCCGGCGCCCAGGGGGCGGCCAGCGCUGAGCCUCCCGCCGCAGCCGAGGGAAGGUGGCCCCCGGACGCCGCUUGUGCCACGCAAGAGCCCUGAGGGAGGAGGAAGAGGAGGAGGGGGAGGAAGGAAGGAAAAAAAAAAAAAGACACAAGGAAGAGCUUGGACCGGAGCCAGGCACGGGGAAAAGGAGGAUCUGGCUGCCUGCUCGCCGCUGUGCCGGAGGGGGCCCCGGGCGGCCCAGGACGCGGGCGCCCAGCUCGGAGGGCCCCGGCGCCAAGCAGAGGCGGUUGGCGCGAGCCCCCCGCCCGCCAUCGCCCAGCAGCGCCCGAGCGCGGGCCCAGCGCCAGCAGCGGCCGCCGACCCUCGCCAGCGGCCUCGGAGAGCAGGGACGGAGCGACGCGCCGGACCUCGCCUCCCCGGGACCGCCGAGGGACUCUUCCUCCUCCUCCUCCUCCUCCUCGGGGGGCCACCGCCGGCGGGCGCAGCCCGGCCCGGCCGCCCAGCAGCGCGCGCCCGCCUGCCCCAUGGCUGCCCCGUGCCUCGGCGCGGCCCGCGGCUGAAGGACGACCGCCGGGCCCCCUCCGCAUGGUGCCGCCGGGGCCGCCCGGCGAGGCAGCGCCCGGAGCAGCCUUCCUCCGCCGGCCCCGGCGCUGCCGCCUGCCCCGCUCCGCGGCGGGGCGGCCUCGCGCGGCGCGGGCGGGCGAGCGAGCGGCUGCGGCUCCCUCGGAGGCAGGGGGGCGUUAAGAUGGUGACAGCUGCCCGGGCGAGAGGGGCUCCGCGGACGCCAGGCCCCCGGGCUGGGGGGGAGCAGGAUGGACAGCGGCGUUGCGGCGGGGAGCCGAGGCCGGUAGGGAAGGAUGAACGCCCGCACCUCCCAGGACAGGCAGCCCAGCGAGGACCCCAGCAGCAGCAGCAGCAACUGUAGCAGCGGCAGGAGCAACUGCGAGAGGGAGCGCAUCCGGAGCCGCAUGAAAAUGGUGAUCGGGCAACUGGAAGGCAUCUUGCAGGAGCUCAAGGAGGUGGCCAAGGAGCUCCGGGAGGUGGUGAGCCAGAUCGACCGGCUGACGUCGGAUUUCGAGUUCGAGCUGGAGCCGGACGACUGGACCACGGCGACGGCGAGCAGCACGUCGAGCAGCGAGAAGGGCGGCGGCGGCGGCGGCAGGGAGCUGGGCCAGCUGGACCUGCUGGCCUCCGACAUACUCUCCGACAGCUGGGAGUUCUGCUCCUUCCUGGAGGCCUCCACCCCCUCGGACUCGGGCGACGGCCCCGAGCCGCCGGCACCGCCGCCGGGCCGCCCGCCCGACUACCGGCUGAUGAACGGCGGCGCCCCGCUGGCCAACGGCCCCCGCGGCGGGACGCCCGACUCCUCCAGCGAGGAGGCCUUCGGCGCGGCGCCCGGCCCCCGCGGCCCGCACCACCGCCCGCCCGGCACCCGCGAGCGCGUCCGCUUCAGCGACAAGGUGCUCUACCACGCCCUGUGCUGCGACGACGACCGCGACGGCGACCGCGGCGCCGCCACGCCGCCGGGCGCCGAGGAGCCCCGCAAGGCGCCCGCCGCCCGCCCGGCCUCCCGCCGCCGGCCGCCCACCCGGAGCAGCGGCACGCAGACCGUGGCCGACAAAAGCACCCAGACGGCGCUGCCUUACGUCCCGGCCAGGCAGAGAGUCCAAAAUAAGAACUGAGCCCGGGCCGGGGGGCCGGAGCCGGGGGGCCGGGGUGCGCCGCGGGCCGGGGGAGGGACAGAAUUAUAUAUAUAUAUAUAUAUAUUUAAAUAAAUCAAUACCUGAUAAUAAAAACAAUGUGAAAAGGUGGCAAUGAGGAAAAACAUCCAACUACCUAACUGUCUUUUUCAAGGCUCAGGGAAUUUUGAACUGUUUUGUGGACCGAAGAUGCAGAUCUCAAUAAACCGUACCUACCAAAUGGCAUCCUAA